AUGUCUGCCCCCAACCCAACAGUAUCUGAAUCCCAGUACGAGGACGCCGAGAAAUGGAUUGAGGAUUUCUACCACUUGAUGGGUAAACUUGACCUUUCCAAGUUCACGUCAACAUAUCUGAAGGAAGACGUUGCCUUCCACUUCACCAACCUCCCACCAAUGAAGGGUCGAGAAUCUGUCUCCUCUGUAUUUGGAUUAUUAGGCGGCGUCUGCACAAGUAUAACCCACAAUGUGACCGACUUAAAAGUUCUUUCUGAUCGCAUUAUGGCUGCUAGUACCGUUGAUUAUGUUUUCAUUAACGGUGAAAAGUGCAGCAUGAAUGCUUUUGCCAUACUUCAUAAAACGCCCGAGGAGGAGCAAGCCAGUCAAUACUAUAUCUACGGAGACUUUACUCCCUGUUUCCAAGUACUCGGAAACCUGAAGGCGGCCGCCGACUCGGAGGCCCAGGAAAGUGAAGUGCCAGUGGAAGCAUAG